AUGCAACCAAUAUUACCACUGUUGGGUCUGUUUCCUUUGAGCUGGCUCAAUAACAUUCAUUUCGAUUUUCUGGCCACACUGGCGUUCCCCUGCUACGACGGAGUUUAUCUCCCAAAGGAAGAGCAUGAAUUUGUGCACCAGGCCUUGGAUGAGCUGGAAACAUACCAGAAGAGUAGCCCCAAAAGUGUACUCCUGUUCCCACCUCUACCCAGCAGACUACGAUACCUGAUCCAUAAGACCGUCGAGGAGCUGCCGGAGCUCACCACCUUCUCUGUGGGAGAGAGCUGGUGUCGUCAGGUGGUCGUCUGCCCCUCGGAGCUCAGAGGCGAGGCACAGGAAGAAGACAAUGAUGCAGACUGCAACUCCAGCCUGGAUGAACAGCCUGUUAGAAGUCCUGAAAGUCAAUCUUCCAAAUCAACUCGAAUCAGAUCAUCCAGGAGGCCAGACAAGGCACUUUACACCCCAAGAGCUGCUCGGCAGAGUCUCCAGAGCCAAAACUCACAAGUCUCCCAAGGAGUCCAGGAGUCGACCUGUUCGGCCUUCAUCACCAGUCUAUCGAACUCCUGUUCCUCGUCCGAGGGAAAGUCGUCACUUGUAUUAAAAGAAGAAUCCCUUCCCACUGCAGCAGAUGGCACUGCUGACACAUUAACGGAAGGGAAAGCUAACUUGAGCGUUCAUCAGGAUGACGUGACACUUUCCCGCUUGAGUGAAAUGAGCCUUCAAGAUGACGGGAAUGAAUCUGCCACAUGCGACCUGACUGAAGAGAUCAAGACACACCUGCGGGAAGCUGUGACUUUCACCGUGCAGCAUGCAUACAAUGACUACUCCGCUUACGAGAAUGUGCUCAUCACCCCUGAGGAAUUUGGCCACGUUAUCGAGAUCUAUGACUUCCCUGCCGUGUUCAAAACAGAUGAUCUCUUGGAUGCCUUCACUGAGUACAGCGAUGGCGGAAUGAAGAUCACGUGGGUGGACAACACGCACGCCUUGGGUGUUUUCGCCACACAAACGGCAGCCCUGCAUGCCCUCUCCAUCUGCCACCCUCUGCUGAAGACUCGAACGCUGACUGAAGGCAGCAAAAAGGCCAGAGGCAAAGCCAUUCGACGAGCAGAGUUCAUUCAGCCGGUGAAGGAGCGUCCGAAGACAGACAGCGCUGUUGCUAGGCGGAUGGUGGCCCGAGCUCUGGGCCUGAAUGGACGAGGGCGCAGACGAGGGCGUGGACGAGGGCAGAGCUUCUGACAUAAAGUGUUGGCCAAUGCAGGUGACUGAACCGAGAAAAGCCAUAAGUCUCAUGUGACAAAAAACAAAACAAAAAACAAUUUAUCUAUUCAGCAAAUUAAAAA